AUUCCACCAGUGAGAGGCUCUAUUACUGUGGGAUCUGACAGAGACCUUUUGUCACUGCUGUGCCAGCAGCAUUCCUCCAGAUAUGCUCGUGCAGGAGCCGGAGUCGGAGUACAAUAAUCACCAACCUGUUUGUGACUCACUUCCCAAUAAUAGCAAUAGCAAUGCCAGUCUAAAUGCUCUGUGCAAAGCAGGACAACUAUGUCGCUCUGCCUGCCCCGCGAUGAUCUGCAGCCUGUAGGGAAAGCGCCCAGAUCAUUUGGGUCUCGUCUCUUGUUCAGCAGCACUGCCAACGCUGCCUGCCCAGCAGACCUGGUUACGAGAGCCAGAGGGAUGGUGGUUGUUACGGGGCAGAACAAAGUGAGUGGCAAGCCGGACGAUGCCAUGUCGAGCUCAGAUGCAGAGGAUGAUUUCCAAGAGCCUGCCACACCUACUGCGACCCAGGCAGGGCAGUCGCUCCCGCUGCUACCUCAGCAGUUCCCUGAAGUUAUUCCACUUAAUGUAGGAGGCAUGUAUUUCACUACCAGGCUGUCAACAUUAAGACGGUAUGAGGACACCAUGUUGGCUGCUAUGUUUAGCGGAAGGCACUAUAUUCCAACAGAUGCUGAAGGCAGAUACUUUAUUGACAGAGAUGGAACUUACUUUGGAGACAUACUGAACUUUCUGCGAUCUGGUGACCUUCCGUCAAGAGAACGAGUGAGGUCAGUUUACAAGGAAGCACAAUAUUAUUCUAUUGGACCAUUGCUAGACAAUCUAGAGGAUGUCCAACCUCUUAAAGGAGAAAAAGUUAGACAAGCUUUCCUGGGCUUAAUGCCAUAUUACAAAGAACACUUGGAGCGGAUAAUUGAAAUUGCUAAACUUCGAGCCAUGCAGAGAAAAGCAAGAUUUGCAAAGUUGAAGGUCUGUGUUUUCAAGGAAGAAAUGCCCAUCACUCCAUACGAAUGUCCACUUUUCAACUCUCUACGUUUUGAAAGAAAUGAUAGCGAGUCAAAACUAUUUGAACAUCACUGUGAAGUGGAUGUAUCUUUUGGCCCCUGGGAAGCUGUAGCUGAUGUUUAUGACCUUCUUCACUGUAUUGUGACAGACCUUUCAGAAAGGGGAAUUACUGUGGAUCAUCAGUGCAUUGGGGUGUGUGAUAAACAUCUGAUAAACCAUUAUUACUGCAAGCGUCCUAUCUAUGAAUUCAAGAUUACUUGGUGGUGAGCUGUUCUCUCUAGAAGGUGCAAAAAAAACCCCCUAAUAGACAAUAAUUGCUUUGAAUAUAUUUUUGCAACAUGUCUCUGGAAAUGCGUUGCUGCUGACAUGCACUGGAGUUCUCUUGCCGGCAUGUUAGCUAAUGCAUAGCUGCUCAGCACAUAGGGACCCGUUACACGAUAGUCUUGAAGCACCAGCCUGAAAAAGGACUGUUGGCUCAAGUAUCACAACUAGGCACCGAGUCAGAUUGCCACGUAAAAAUGAGCUAUUGAUACCUUCCAAACGAUGUCUCCAUGCUUGCUGGUGUUUUAUAACCACACAGUUGGAAAAGAGGAUAAUGCAACUUUUACUUCCAUUACCAUAAAGUCGUGGGUGCUAGUAAAACUAGGACCAUUUGAAAGCAUACAUAUGUGGCUUCAUUUUUACCCUUUCAUGUAAUAGUUUAGUCAUCCUUCAUCUGUCUCUGAAGCCAAAAUAUCACUGACACAAAGAUGUGAAAACUCAGAUAUAGCAGAAUUUUUUUAAAAACGAAUAAUUAUGCGUAUGUUAAAGUUGGUUAUGACUAUUUAUUAAGCUGUACUUUGGAUUUCUAAAAGUUAUUUAUAUAUGCUUUAUAAGUCAGCAUUUUGAUUAGGUAAUGUAUUUUGAUUCCUAUGAUCCAAAGGACAUUUAACAAAUUUGGAUGACAUUCCUUCAAUUAUUUAGGGAUAAUUGUGCCUGUUCAUAGCCUUAGGAACGAUAACUGUUUACACUACCUGCAAAAAAAGAGGAAGCGCUAUAUGAAGGAAAUCGUUUGCAAAGGCUUUGGGAGUAUGAGAUAAUGUUAUAGUUAUUCUCCAAAUAACAGAGGUAAAAGGAACAUCAAAGUAUAAAUUUACUCUAUUCUUGACUUUUAAAAAAAUUCUUGGUAUUCUUAUUGUGAAGCUGGAGAUAAAUAAUGACACUUCACAGAUCCCCCAAAGAAUUUUCAAGAUACGUGGAGAUCAUCCCUGUUUUCUUUGUUGUAGCUUUUUAAAAAUUGUUUUAACCUCUGUAAUUCUUCUUUAAACAUUUCUCCAUUAUCUAUUAGGUAAUAUAUCUUUGUAGCAAAUUUAUUUUCAUAUUGAAGGAGAUGCAGUGGCAGGAUCAUUUUUCUUCCCAGGCACUGAAAAUCAAAAUUCAGAAAUUUGCAAAUUUCACACUUUAAAGCCCAGUUAUUUCAUUACAUCCAAAAUGAAAGAAUAUGUUUAAAUAUCAGGACAUUUUACUGUAGGGAGGAGUUUCUUAAGUCAUUUCAGUUCUUUUAAAAAGACACUUGAGCCAAAUUUAAAACUGAAUCUUGGGGGAAAAAUAACAAAUUGUGUAUUUCUUCCUUGUUGCAUUCCAUUGCAUUAAUUCAACUUUUGACCAAAAGGCAACUUUCUAUUAAGGCAACUUAUAUUUAACUUGCUUAUCGGUCAUCAAAAAUCUCAGUAAGACUGAGUUAGGGCAUUUUGAUUGUAGCAGUAAGGAUUUCUGUGCACAACAUGUCUUGGAAAAAAAUGUUUUGAAGGAAAUAAUAUUUUUUGUAUUGAUUAAACCUUCAUCCAUACUUUUACUUAUUAGAUUUAGGAGUUUAUGAUACAUCCUAAAUUUAAAAUGCUGUUCUUUGGGAGCUCAAAAGUUGUAAGGAGUGUUUUAAAAAUGAACACAAUCAAAUGCUGAGCUUAUGACCAGAAUUAGGUUCUGAAAAAGAAGCAGAAGACAACAAUCUUUGUAUUUUAAGUUGGUUGACACCUUUUUUUUUAGUACUUAAUUUUUUUACCAGUCACCAGGUGGGUAUAUGACAGCCCAUGUAUACAUGGGCCAGGCUAGUCUGGAAACAGCCAAGAAAAUUAACCAAGGUCAUUUAAUUAAGCAGAGUAAAGACUUAUACAUGAGUUCUCCACUUCUGUCGGCUCCUCAGCUUUGCUUUUUUUUUUCCAAAAGAAGGGACCCUUAAGCUGUAGACUGAACUUUCUAAAAUAGAUUCCAACUGGUCCAAAAUGGAAGGUUUCUGCAGCUUUGAUAUCACAUAUUGUGAAAGUGAUAGAGCUCAAGGUUUUUAGCAGCACUUAAUAUAAUGACUAAAGAUAGAAGAAGACUACAGUUUUGCUGAAGAGUUCAGUGAUUUUUGCCACUGCUUACCCACCCAUGGAACGUGGCUGCAGUUUGAAUGCCAAUACUGUUGACUGAAAUAAUCCCUGUUGCAGUGAUUUAAAAGCAAGUCUGGGGGUUCGACUGCAUUAGAAUCACUUUCCAGCAGUUACACGACAGAAGCUCUGAUGACAAGUUGGCUCUUUCCGGUCGUGUGUUUUACAACACUGGUUUGUUUGCCAGUGAAUUUAAUGACAACUUAUUCUGGCUGGCCGUCUUAAAAAUGGUCAGAAGGAAGAAUCAAGAUGUUCUAUUUUGCAUUUAUUUAAAAGUCUUUAAUAACUUGAUCUUCCAUGAGAUAUAGAAAAAAUAAGUGCAAUUUAAGAAAAACCCACAAAUAUGAGCCAUUAUGCUUUCACUAUUAACACACAUUCUGUAUCUUAGGACUUCAUUUAUGAGAGGCAACAAUAUUGCUAUUGACUAGACUUGUUCUGAACAACCUUUUUUUUUUACAUAGAUUUUAGAUGUUACUGCCUAUUGUGUGUUCAAUUUUUGACAAAAAUUGAGAAGAGUUGUGCAGGAGGAGGUCAUGAGAAUAUAUUCUGAUAACUUUAUUUACUUGUGGUUUCUUGGCACAUAGCAUCACCUUUUUCAAAUUCUAAAUUUGCAAACUAAAUCAGCAACGCGCUCCCAUGUAUAAGAAUAUUUUAUAUGUAAAAAUUGGCCAGUUAUAUUCUGGUGGCAACGAAGUCUCUUUCAGUAGAGAUAUUUUAAUGCAGGGGUGUCAAACUCAUCUGGGCCUGUUGACUGGAUGAGUAACCUGAGGCCAGUCCACAGGCCAGAUCAGACCCCCGGGCCCUGGAUGUUCCCCUCCUACACCCCCUCCUCAACCCGGUCAGAUCCAAUACACGUGGUAUCUGCUCUGGUUGGUCUGGGACCUGCUGAGUGCUACCAGGCACCCUGUGCAGCACUGGUCCCGACUCGCUGGAGCAGGCACCGGUGCAGUGUACAUCCUAGAGACCCUGGGGUGGGUGCCCAUGUGGCACAUCACCCAGGCUCUGCUCACAGGUCUAGGUCAUUCAUACCCAGGAACAGCACUAGGGGCCACUUAACAGGCUUCAUGGGCUUUGUGGGCUGGAUGUUUGACAUCCCUGUUUUAAUGCAUCUAAGAUUAACCAUACUGUACUCAGAUGGACAAAACUCCACAGUGAAUAGUGCAUCUAUAUAUUAGCAUAAAUGAAGAAUGGUGGUCUUGUCCAGAGCCUCAAAUUUCCAGGCUUAUCACCCUUCCUGAACUAUGUUUGAUCUAACAUAGUUGUUGUACAUGAAUUCUUAUUCUACCAGGGCUAUCAGAGCAUUACUGGGAUGAAGAGAAGUAUCCAUUUAGCGUUCAAAACUACAGUAGGUAAAAUGUGUGUAACAUUCAGUUUAUACCGGCCAGAGCCUGUGUGAACAAAUAUGUGUAUAAAUAUAGCAUAAAGAAGCCCAUGGACCUAUUUCUCUUUGUCCCUAGAGGUGUGUUACUCCCCUUGUCCAUGGGAAAUAUCUAUGAAAAAUAUUUAAAAUAUUUAGCUCUUAUUAGUGAUUGCUAUCAGAGAAGCUUAUAACCACUGACUGUUAUUUGACCCCAGCAGUCUUUCCUACCCAGACCAGAGCAAGGGGGCUGGACCUGAUGAUCUCACAAGGUCACUUCCAGCCCUAAACUGUGAAUCUUAAUUCUUGCAACAGCCUUUUGAUCUUAAAGAUAGGGCAAUUGAAUCGAGUAGGUUCAAGGACUUGUCCAUGGCCACAACUGGUCAUUCUCAGAUCACAGGGUGAGCAUUGAACAGAUCCUGGUUCCCCAACCUACUGCUCAAAUCACCAGAUGAUUCUUGUUUUACUUAAAAAGCUUGUGUGCAACAACAUGAGCUGAAAUCUUAACCACUGACUUUCUUAAGUAAUAAUAUUGAUCCAAGUUUAAAGAACAGUGUUAAAGAAGAUACAUUGGCAGAAACUGAACAUCCUGUCCCAUAGUACUUGUUUGAUUUGCCAGUGUAAUGUGGUGCUUGCUGUAGUCCAUAUAUGUUUCUUUUUCUCAGUCUCAGAAGAGUUGGGUGAAUGGCAUAAAAAAGGUCUGAAUUAUUGGCUCUAAUUAGGUUAACACUGACACAUGAAAAUGAUUGCAGCUGUUUGACAGGGGAAAUGCUUUUAUGGCAGUUCUCUCCUGUAUUGGGGGAGAAACCAAAAGGGAGGUUAUAAAACAACCAUAAAACUACCUGGAGAAAUAUAGCUGCUGUAUCUGUGCAAUAGAUCUUGCUCAAGAAAAAACGUUUGAGACUGAAGAGGUAAAGCUUGAGAGACAAACAGGGAACAACUGUAUAACAAAACGGUGGCAAUUCCAGUUUUUAUUGUGCAAUAAGUUGUCUGCGGAUCUUGAAUGUGGAGAACUCUUGAAGAAUGUAAAUCUAUCAUAAGCUUCAGCAUUAAGGUCCCUGAUGUUUUACAGUUGACACUCUAGCUAAUUCAUCUUAAAUGAAUAGAAUAUGCUGAAGGUGUUCUAACAAAUAAAAUGUGCAACCCCUUUCUGGCUUCUCAGCAAGUCCCCAAAGAGGAGCUAACCGUGUACUUUGUAAUCUAAUUGAAAUGCUCAUCAAGAAUCUUUACUGAAAUUGGGAAUUGAUGGAACAGUGAAAUAAAGCAGGCAGCAUGGGAAGUUGGCCAAGGCAGGUAUUUGAAGGGAGGAGGCAGUGCUUCCUGUUCGUUGUGUGCUAUUACUCGGUCUGACUGGCCCUUUUGGCAGUUUCAACGCACACUUCGCUAACUUCAGAAGGGUCAGCAACAUUUAAAAUGAUUUCUAAAGACUUGCUGUAUUAAACACUAAUAACUUUUGGGGGCCAAAACAUCCUGACUUGGUGUCCUAUGCAAGUCAGAGCACAAACGUGGUGGUACUGUUUACAGUUUUAAUCCAUUUUUAGGCUUCCUGAGCUAAUCUCCCUGAUUGUUGUUUCUGUUGAGCACCCUUUCUCCCCCAAGCUGUAUGCUUCCAUGGAAGCCGUUCAGUGCUUUUAGUGUGCUCUUUUUAUUAUAAUUAUAAAACCAUUAGGAUGUGUUAACUUCAUAAUUUAUGCCCUUAUGACAUGAGAAUUUCCUGCUUUUUUUUUUUCUUGUUUUCCAGCUAUAACUUAGCUGCUAAGUUAUAUAAGGCAUAAGGAGAUCAAGUGACUAGCCUGAGAAUACAAGAUGAGGUAAUGAUCCUGACAACUCUUCCCACCCCUCCAACUUGCUCUUUGAUCUUUAAACUCCAGAGGUUACUUGGAUGCUGUCUGGGCAGGAUGUGUAUCACCCUGUAAGACUGCAUGCAGGAAUUUCACAUGUUGGGGAAAAAGGAGGAGUAUCCAGUCUGCACAUAAAAUAUCCCUGGAAGUUACAGGCCGAUAGCUGUCACUUCCUAUAGACACUGACAUUCUCAUUAGUUGCUAAGAUGUCCCUGAGGCAAACAAUGCUUUCUUCUUAUUUCUUUUACUCAUUUCCUCCUCCUUUCACUUGUAUUGUUUUCCUGUAGAGCAUUAUUUAAGGAAAAAAAAUCCAUUUAUAGUUGUUGUUUUAAGUAAUGCCGUGUACUCAGCCCAUGGUGCCUGUCUGUGCUUUUAGUUUCUGAGGAUAUCGUUGAUGAGUCAAGGAGUCUGAGGACAACAUCAUAUUGGUAUGCCUCUCUAGUCACAUCUUCAGAUCACACUAAGCAUGGUGGUCAAUCAGGAAUUCUUGGCCCCAUCCAGCAAUAGCGAAAGUGCCAUUGGUGAAAUUCUCAUGCUAAAGCCGAUGGUUUGCCGCCGACAGAGACUUUAAUUUCUUAUGCUCUGGUUUUGUGAGAGGCAAAGAAAUGUUAAUUUCCACCAUACUUUCUUGUGAAGUCUGUCAGUUGGUCUGGUCUCAGUGGCAAAAGGCUUGGCUACUUCAGCUUGUCUUCCCUUGCUUGCUACUGACCGUUCUUUCUGUUGCAAGGCCACAUAGGUUCGCCAGGUGGUAAAAUUGGAGCGGGCUAUUGAAUUAUAUCCACUGACGUAGGGCAAUAUCUGAGGAGGUAAAUAAUAGCUCCUCCUCCCAGCCUGUGAUUCAGCCAUAGUUAAUGGCAGAGUUAAGGAUGUGUUGGAAGAACUCCAGGCUACAUCCCAUGCUUUGCAUCCCUGCCCUUUGCACGUGGCAAAAUGCAUGUGUGGGAUCGUGAAGCUGAUCAGGGAGGGAUCAGGGCAGGGAUUCAGAGCACAGUCUCUGUGACAGACCUUUCUUUCCCUUCUUUGUUUUAGUAACUCUUGAGAACAAUCUUUGGACACUUCUGUCUUAAGACAUUGUUGGCAGUACUGAACCUUGCAAUUAUGCUGACUUGUAUAGUUAUUUGUGGCUUUAAACCAUUUUGAAAUGUGCUUUUGGUUGUUUCCCUCUACUUCAGAGCGGAUCUGAGGGAGUCUUGUGUUUUUCAGUAUGUAAACUAUUUAAAAUUCAAACAAAUGUGCAAGUUUGUUUCUCUUUCUCUGAAUAAGCUACGUCUGAGAUGAGAACUAUGAAUCGCAGUUUAUUUAUGUAUAUAGGUCUCCAACUGGAUGCAAAUUUCCAGAACAAUGGUCCCCAGUCAUUUUACUUGCACAGAUUUAGUAUGAGUUUAUGACUAGUUUCACUGUGACUUUAUAAGUGGUUUUUAUUUUGCCAAGUUAUAAAUUGUAUAGGUCUCCAUCCAUUGUUACCCUUCAUGUCUUGUGGGGAGAGGGGAACACACAAUCCUUGGCCCUAGUGAUUGGGUAUUGGAAUGAUUCCAAAUUUGUCCAAAUUUGUAUUAUUUUGUAUUGUUUUACGAUUAAACAAAUUGACGAUCAAUGUUAAUUUAACACGAUGGAUCCUGUAGCAUCCUGUGUCUUACUACACAUUGCUUUUAAAUUCCAGGUAAACUGGGUAAUGUAUGUAUUUUUAUUUGAAACAUGUGAAAGGUAACAUUUUAUGUAUUAAAGUCUCAGUGCUGUGAAAUAAAUUAUUAAAAUGGUCA